UAAGCCAAUGGGACGAUAGCAGCAGUGUGUGACCGAAGCAGGGGUCUGCCGGGUUCAUUACGCCGCUUCUCCGCCCGGCUUGUCUUUUUGGCUCUUACUGCAAUGGCGGAACAACAGCAGUUCUACCUCUUGCUGGGAAACCUGAUGAGCCCUGACAACAACAUCAGGAAACAGUCAGAGGAGACCUAUGACACUAUUCCAGGUCAGAACAAGAUCACAUUCUUGCUGCAGGCCAUCAGAGAUGCAACUGCUGCAGAGGAGGUCAAACAGAUGGCAGCAGUGCUCCUGCGGCGGCUGUUGUCAUCUUCCUUUGAGGAGAUCUACCCAGGACUGACCCUGGAGAUGCAGACGGCCAUCAAGACAGAGUUGCUGACCAGCAUCCAACAGGAGAGCACGCCAAACAUCCGCAAAAAGGUCUGCGACAUCGCAGCCGAGCUCUGCCGCAACCUUAUAGAUGAUGAUGGGAACAACCAGUGGCCGGAGCUCCUCAAGUUUCUGUUUGACUCUGUCAACUCUGACAGUGUCAACCUGCGAGAAGCUGCUCUGCACAUAUUCUGGAAUUUCCCAGGAAUCUUUGGAAACCAGCAGCAGCAUUAUAUGGAGGUUAUCAAGCGUAUGCUGGUUCAGUGCAUGCAGGACCAGGCAAACCCACAGAUUCGUACCCUGGCGGCUCGGGCUGCAGCCUCAUUUGUUCUGUCAAAUGAAAGCAACACAGCACUGCUGAAGCACUUUGCUGACCUACUGCCUGGCAUCCUGCAGUCAGUGAACGAGUCGUGCUACCAGGGAGAUGACUCUGUCCUCAAGUCCUUGGUGGAAAUUGCAGACACUGCACCCAAAUACCUGAGGCCCAACCUGGAGGCCACUCUGCAGCUCUGUCUGAAACUGUGUGCUGACACCAACCUGACAAACAUGCAGCGGCAACUGGCACUGGAGGUCAUCGUCACCCUAUCGGAGACUGCGGCAGCCAUGCUGAGAAAACACACAGCGAUCGUGGCUCAGAGCGUGCCUCAGAUGCUAGCUAUGAUGGUGGACCUGGAGGACGAUGAUGAGUGGGCCAUGGCUGACGAACUGGAAGACGAUGACUUUGACAGUAAUGCUGUUGCUGGUGAGAGCGCUCUUGACCGAAUCGCCUGUGGUCUGGGAGGAAAGAUCAUUUUGCCCAUGAUCAAACAGCACAUCAUGCAGAUGCUGCAGAACCCUGACUGGAAGUACCGCCAUGCUGGGUUGAUGGCGCUGUCAGCCAUUGGUGAGGGCUGCCACCAGCAGAUGGAGGCCAUCCUCCAAGAGAUCGUCAGCUUUGUCCUACUUUUCUGCUCUGACCCACACCCAAGGGUACGUUAUGCUGCCUGCAACGCUAUUGGACAAAUGGCCACAGACUUCGCCCCAACCUUCCAAAAGAAAUUCCACGAUAAGGUGAUUUCAGCCCUGCUUCAGACCAUGGAGGAUCAGAGUAACCCUCGGGUGCAGGCACACGCUGCUGCUGCCCUCAUCAACUUUACAGAGGACUGUCCAAAAUCACUGCUGAUCCCUUAUCUGGACAGCUUGGUGCAGCACCUUCAUGUCAUCAUGGUAGCAAAGCUGCAAGAGUUGAUCCAGAAGGGCACCAAACUGGUCCUAGAGCAGGUGGUGACGUCCAUUGCCUCAGUGGCAGACACAGCCGAGGAGAAGUUUGUGCCAUACUACGACCUGUUCAUGCCCUCCCUCAAACACAUUGUGGAGAAUGCCGUGCAGAAAGAGCUCCGGCUGCUGCGUGGAAAGACCAUUGAGUGCAUCAGCCUCAUCGGCUUGGCUGUGGGCAAGGAAAAGUUCAUGCCAGAUGCCUCUGCAGUCAUGCAGCUGCUCCUCAAAACUCAGACAGACUUCAAUGACCUGGAAGAUGAUGAUCCUCAGAUCUCUUACAUGAUCUCAGCCUGGGCCAGAAUGUGCAAGAUCCUGGGGAAGGAGUUUCAACAGUAUCUGCCUGUGGUUAUGGGUCCACUGAUGAAGACGGCCUCUAUCAAGCCAGAGGUGGCCCUGCUCGACACCCAGGACAUGGAGAACAUAUCAGAGGAUGAUGGCUGGGAGUUUGUCAACCUGGGAGACCAGCAGAGUUUCGGUAUAAAGACGGCCGGUCUGGAAGAGAAAGCCACUGCGUGCCAGAUGCUGGUGUGUUAUGCCAAAGAGCUGAAGGAAGGUUUUGUCGAAUACACAGAGCAGGUGGUGAAGCUGAUGGUUCCUCUGCUGAAGUUUUACUUCCAUGACGGUGUGCGGGUGGCAGCCGCUGAGUCCAUGCCGCUGCUGCUGGAGUGUGCUCGGGUUCGAGGCCCAGAGUACCUCACCCAGAUGUGGCACUUCAUGUGUGACGCUCUCAUCAAGUCCAUUGGUACUGAGCCAGACUCGGACGUCCUGUCAGAGAUCAUGCACUCUUUUGCCAAGUGCAUUGAGUUGAUGGGAGAUGGCUGUCUGAGCAACGAGCAUUUUGAAGAGUUGGGUGGCAUUUUAAAGGGAAAACUGGAGGAGCAUUUUAAGAACCAGGAGCUCAGACAGGCUAAGAGACAGGAUGAAGACUAUGAUGAGCAGGUGGAGGAAACAUUACAAGAUGAGGAUGAGAAUGAUGUGUACAUCCUGACCAAAGUGUCGGACAUCUUGCACUCUGUGUUCAGUAGUUACAAAGAGAAGGUGCUGCCUUGGUUUGAACAGCUGCUGCAGCUAAUUGUUCAGCUAAUAUGUCCCAGCAGGCCAUGGGCUGACAGACAGUGGGGUCUCUGCAUCUUUGAUGAUGUUGUAGAGCACUGCAGCCCCUUGUCUUUUAAAUAUGCUGAGUACUUCCUGCGACCGAUGGUGCAGUCUCUUGGUGACUCGAGCCCUGAGGUUCGGCAGGCUGCCGCCUAUGGAGUUGGUGUAAUGGCUCAGUAUGGAGGAGAGAACUACCGCCCCUUCUGUACAGAGGCCAUCCCCCUGCUGGUUAGAGUCAUUCAAGCAGCUGACUCGAGGUCCAAGGAGAACGUCAAUGCUACAGAAAACUGCAUCUCUGCAGUUGGAAAGGUCAUGAGGUUUAGGCCAGAGUGUGUUAACGUCAGCGAGAUCCUUCCCCACUGGCUCAGCUGGCUCCCACUCAACGAGGACAAAGAAGAGGCUGUCCACACAUUUGACUUCCUGUGUGACCUCAUUGAAAGCAACAACCCCAUUGUCCUCGGACCAGACAACUCCAACCUGCCCAAAAUUUUCCUCAUCAUCGCAGAUGGAGUUGCAAACGAAUCGGUUAAGAGUGAAGAUGCCUGCAGCAAAAGGCUGGCAAAUGUCAUCCGUCAAGUACAGGUGUCAGCAGGAUUAUGGACACAGUGUGUAUCAACACUGAACGAGACGCAGCAGAAAGCCAUACAGGACCUACUGAAUACUGCCUGAGCCUCGGCCCCAUCACCCGCCGCUCUAUUAAAAAGCCCAUGAAGAAAAGUUGAGUUCCUGGAUCUCCUCCAUACACUCCCUCUUCUUCCUCCUGCUCUGAUUUGUAGUGUGUAAGGACGCCGGCUUCACCCCCACCACCACCUCCCACCCUACUAUUAUAUAAGUCCACUUAUAUUCAGCUGACUGGAAGAGCAGGUUGGAUAUUUCUGACAAUGGAGGACAUUGGCCAUCCACCUCAAAGACUUAACCCUGUACCCAAGGAAAUGGGAACGAGAGUAACGUGUCAGUCAUCCCCGUCUUCUCACAGUUCCAUGUCCUUUUUAUCUGGAUGUCUUGUUUCCAACCAUUCCCUGAUGUUUGACUUCGCAUCCAGAGGGACUCAUUCUCCUCGUCGCCCAACGCAAACUCAUUGGACAGUCAGGCUCAGAGGGGCCAUCAUGUGGGUAAUGGGGACAGGACAUUCUAAUGGACUGAGCAAUUGAGUGAAGUGGAAAUGCACACUGGGUGAUCACUGCCUGUCUCCUGUGAAUUUUUUUUUUUUUUUUUAUAAAUAUAUUUUUACUUUUUUUUUCUUUUCUUUUCUUUUCUUGUUCAGUGUUCCCAGUGUUACCUGGGGGGAAUUGGCCUCCUUCUGACUCGAAGGAUACAUUUCAAAAGAAAUGGCAUGUUAAGUGGCUAACUCUAGAAAUUAUAGAUAGUUAGGAAAUUUACAUCUUUGUUGUCUAAGAGAGUUGACGUUGAUUCAAGCAGCUUUCCUCCAUAGCCGUCCAGAUAGCUGUUGAAAGGAAAUGAAAUGUUUGCUGAAUGGUUCUCAGCCCUGACGGUAGCAGUGUAAGGGGCUCUCAGAAAAGAGCAAUAAUCUGUAGUUGGUCAUGGCCAUAUAGUGAGUGACAAGAAAGACUUAAGAAAGACCUGUUGAGGAGGUGAAUUGUAGAGUAUUUGUAAAGUGCGUGCUACCAUACUCUUAACUUUCUGGUUUUGACCCUUUGCAGUCCUGCAGGUAUGUGAUGGAAUUCCAGAAACAACCAACAAUAAAAUUCCAUUUGAGAAUUCUGA